UCAAAAGAAGAAUUGGUGAGAGAUAAUCAUCGCAUUCGGAAUCCGAAGAUUACGAACCCUUCAUCGUUGGAAUCAUCCCCAGAUGAUAAUGACGAAGAGGAAACGCGAGUCGCUAAGGCUAAAGCAGCUAGAAAUAAUAAAAAACAAAGUGAAUCACAAUGUAAAAAGAGGAAAGUGGAGGAAAUGAUUAAGAUUUACGAAAACGAUAACCAAAAUAAGAAGCAGGCAAGUUCCGAAGAACUCAAUUCAGUUGAUGAUGUAGGAACAGAUCAACCGAAUGGUACUCGAUUCGACGAUUAUGAUUGCAUUCAACGUCAAUCAGAUGUGGAAACUGAUGAAGAGGACAUAAAUAAACGUAAUUCGACAGUUGAUAAGCGAUCUACCCGAAACAGAAUAUCAAGUGAUUCUGAAUCAGAGAAAGAAGGAGAAGUGCCUACUCGAAAUGAUCAAUAUGUUGAACCAAUUGUCAUUAUUAAUGAUAAUAUUGAUAAUAAUACACUUAAUGAAGAUGGAGCAACAUUUGAUCAUAGUCAGGCCUUAAAUCACCCGGGUUAUUUGUCAACAUCAUCUAAGGAAAUUCCUGCGAAAACAACGAUUCUUAAAGACAGAACGAUU